UCCCCUGAGGACUUCGAGAUGUUGAAUGUGAAUUGUGAACAAACCCGGCUUGAUAAGCAUCUCCGUGGUUCUUCAAAUCCCAGCAUCUGUUUCUAACCACAGAACAGAGGCCGCCAGAAAACACCGUCUUCAUCAGUACACUAGUGCUCAACGGUUGUUUUGAGGGACCAUCCCAGGACAGAGGGGGGGCAGUUUAAGCUAGCACUGCAUAGUUUUUGGUGAGCUUAUUUUUUUUUUUAAACCGUAUUUCUAAAAUGAAGUCUUGAUAAAAAAUAAAAGCAAUUGCAAUAGUGGCAAAACAACGUGUGGAACUUUGUAAGGGAACACCCGGCGUACUUAAGGCUGACUUGGGCUUUGCAUUUCAGGAUAACCACAAUGCAACUUCUUCAGCUGCAACGAGAGUGAUGCGGAGCGUUUCUGAGCAGGCAUUGUUUCAGAUUUAUGCUUUUUUUCUGAUGGUGGAAAACAAAAGGAAAAAAUUGUGGGUGGAUUAAAAGAAACGUACACACGGCAACAACAACAGAAUGAGCGAGAGGGAUCUACAGAGCAUGUGUAAAUGGGUCAUUCUACUCACCUUCUGCCUGAUAACGUUAGGGGGGAGGCUAACACUGGCAUCAUCCCACAGAAGCCACACAGCUCACGUCAAAGCCGGAACCUGUGAGGUCAUCGCUGCCCACCGAUGCUGCAACAGAAACAAGAUCGAGGAGAGAUCUCAGACCGUGAAGUGUUCCUGCUUUCCAGGCCAGGUGGCUGGGACAACAAGGGCUGCUCCUUCCUGCGUCGACGCCUCAAUAGUCAUCCAGAAGUGGUGGUGCCAAAUGCAGCCAUGCCUGGAAGCAGAGGAGUGUAAAGUUUUGCCGGAUCAAACUGGGUGGAGCUGCAGUACAGGAAACAAAGUCAAAACAACCAAGGUCACGCGAUAGCCCUACAUCUGAUCCGACUCACAAAAUGAAGGACAGCGUUUUUAUACACUGACCAGCUGAAACAGACACAUAGGCCUACCUGUUUGGUGGACACCAGCAAUUGGAAACUUGCGCAGUGCAUUAUGCAAAAAAAAAAUAAAAAUAAAAUAAUGACCAGAUUACCACUGAGGAAUUCGCUGGGACAAGAAGAACUCUCGCAAGGGAACACUGGGUACGUGUGAAACGAGGAAUUGAACGCUUCAGGACCUGUCUUAAAUACUUGCUAGACAUGUUGCGCAGCCACCAAUGGGCUUUUGAGCACUUUGGGGGGUUGUUGGUUUAAUCUGGAGGAUUGUUCCUGAAGACGCACUGCAGCUGAUUGCUUUGAACAUUACAGAGCUGUAUUAAACAGCACGGACUGUUCCUAUAGGUGUCUGCUAUGUGAUAAUACAUUAUUUGCCCAAGCGCUUAUUUAUAGAGUACAGUCGCUCCUUAUAUUUGACAGGGUCGGAACGUUUUUCAAUUAGCGGUUGUAGGCUGUCACACACUUUCUUUUGUUUGUUUGUUUGUUGGCUUUGUAAAAUAUAACCAUGACAGUAUUGUCUCGCAUGAUAGGGGGGGAAGGGAGUGGGGGGGCUGAAUUGAAGUCCUUUUUCUGAUGCCCAGUUUAAUUACAUGCCCCGCCCCCCACCCCCCGUAUCUCUUUAAGGGCGGUUGUCCACAGGCAGAGAGAGGAACAAAGCAGAAGCAGUGAAUCGUUUCUAAUCAACAAGUAAAGUGAUUGGCUUCAUUUAAAUACAUUUAAUUGCAUCGUAAAAGCAUGGCUUCAAAGCGUACUGCUUGACGUUUUACAUGGUGAACAAUUUCUAUCAAAAUAGUGCGACUCCAUCAUUAUGGAGAACUUGCAGUCGCCCACACUGUUUUUCGUUUAAUGCUGUAUUUCAGUUUCUAUUUAUUUAAUAUACUGCUUCACACAGUCCCGCCCCGUCAGACACAUCCAGCAAAUCAGCGAGCUGUAUCAAUCUGAUUGACAGAAACAAUCCUCGCACGAUCUCCCCGGGCAGGUGUGUGCUUUAGGUAACCAGUAAGCAAAGUAAUUAAUUUCAAUUAGCACACAAGUUCCCACAAUUCCCACUCACUUUACUUGUUCAAAAUCCAUUUAUUUGUGGUUUAGAGAUGAGUUAAAAAAACCUGACCUGUCUUAAAGUGUCCAGUCAUUAGGAAGCCAGGUGGCAGCUGAUCCUUCUUAGUUACAGAUGAUUGUCAGAAAAACACAAUAGCUGCCAAUAAUGCGAUUAUCAACAAUCAUUUUAAAGUGCAGUACAUAGCUUUGUGUAUUGGUCAGUCAUUGCUGGAGAAUAUUAUUACAUUUUUUAUCCCCUGAAAUAGGUACACCCAGCAGCAUGCAGUUUAUUCAGUAGAGCAUGUGGCUUUUCUGGCCAGUGCUGACUUCAUUCUGUAGCUGGCAUUGUUAAGACAGAAGAGGUUUUUUUAAGGCUUCUUUGUUAAGGUUUUAAUAUAAUUUGCAUUCCAACAGAGAAACCCACUUGGUUUGUUUAGACACCUGUCAAAAAGCUGACUUUUAAAAGGCAAGGGUAAUGAUAUUAGCAUAAUGUCAUUUGCAAAUGAGCCUGUGCUGCUAAUUUACAAUUAGACUUCAUCUCAGAUUUAAUUAAAAAGGGAGAUGCUGUCCGCCUGGUAAACUCGAUGUCAGAAAAGCACUUACUGGGUUUCAAUUCAAAAGCAUGGACACGCUUUCCUGUUGUGAACAAGGGUUUUACCAAUAUGCGAUUAGGACAUUCAUUUUAACAUCUUUAUCUGCCAAACUAAGAGACGUUAAAGAAUUCUCACAGGAGACCAAUAAUCUUGUCAAGAUAUGUGUUAUUAAAAUAUUUAAAGUUAGAACAAAUAACAUGUGCAAAAUACAUUUCUCACCGAUGUCUUUACAGUUGUUUCUUUGUUUCUGUUUUUAAUCACAUCCUAGAUGCUUAUUUGUAAAACGUUUGAGCUCUGCAAGGUCCAUAGCAUUAUUAUGCUGUUUAUUAAAGACCAUGACUUGUAUUUCAAUCCCCACAAGGGUUUUAUGAGCCAUCACCUUCAGCACCUGUGCAAUCGUCCCUGUUGAUAAUUGCUUUGUGAUGGACUAGUUGAGUCAAUUGGAUUUACUAACCAGAUGCAAUGAGUCUGAAGCUUGUGGGGGAACUGGCAGUGCUCUUUUGUAGAGAAAAUAUUGAACUGUGUUGGGCUCAAACGUUUUCGUUUCAAGGAUGUAACGGAAACAAAACAAGAAUUGGAAAACAAAUAAGAUGGUACGCAGGUGAGAGAAUUAUUGAACGUUGCACACCCAGUUUAUUCUACCUUUAAAAUAACUACCCUAAAGCACGGCCCGUCUCUCUGUUCUGAAGCCCUGAGUGUUUGUAUGAUGUGAACACAGGUAUGCAAGUCAAUUAUUUAUAAUUCAGAUUCAGAUGGUCUCUUUGGGGUACAUAACCACAUCCUGUGAUAUUGGCUCCAAGCCCAAAAGGAAGUGGUUUAAACAGCUGUUUAAAGUUUGAAUCUAUAACCCUUUCCCAGUGUGGAGUGCACUCAGUUCUGCUGUGUUAUAUAUUAGUAUUAAGUGUAAGUAUCGUUAGUUGAUACAAUCUUCUUCCGGGGAUUGUUGGUUGCUGUGCAGUGAACGCUUGCCCACAUGCUGAAACAGCUGUUUAACAGAAAUCUGGUUUUACGCCCAAAAUGAACGGAAAUGUAAUUCUGGAAUACUCCCCUGAUCCAGGGAUCCAGGGAUCCAGACAGAGAGUUUACUGCUCCACACAACUCUUCUACUUGUCCUGUUUUCUUUAUUAAUAUCAAAUUAGGAAAAGCGUGUUUUUUGGGGGGUUUUUGGAAUGUGCGUGUUUGUGGUGAGCGAGGCAUCAUAGAAAACCAUUAUUUCAAAUGUUGUAUUCCUGGUGCAGUAUUUGUCUUUCUUUUGUAAAAAUGAAAGAAGCUACAUGCUUACAGUGUACUGAGCAGAAUUACAGAACAACAACAGCUGCUUUCUGUUUCUUUCAAACUUGGGUUUCUAGCGCUAGUUGUUGCAAAUUUAAACAUUAUGCUAAAAAUGUUUUUUAAAAUGUAGAACCAGCAGCCCUCAUGUUGUAAAAUGGAUAUCUGAAGAAGCUUUACCCAGGCUGCUGUGUUGUCCUGUUCUCAGCUGGUUGAUGCAGUGAAGUAUGAGGGCUGCCUUUGUGUACUUCCCCUGGUAAACAUUGAAAUCAACGUGAAACUGCUCCAAAUCUCAGACCCAGUAUAUACCCUGACUGCCCGCAAAAGGAAGAGCUGUAUUUGUAAGUACAAUUGUAAAUAAAAUAUUUUCUACUUCUUUCAGUUAACGUAACACAAUAAAAUAUUGAGUGGUAAAACAUGUGUUGUGCUAUUGUGGAUUUUUCUCCCCCACCCCGCAGUUUGCUUGCAUUAGGUUUUGUGUUCCUCAAGCCACAGGGGAGCUUUGGAUGCUUGCUGUGACCUCCUGCUGACGCUGGCUUAGUUCAGAAGGCUCUGUCUGUUUCAUGAUUACCUCUUCAUGCUACGGGUGAUGUUAGUGCAUCGAAGGGACUGCCUGCAAACAAAGAGGAGCUUGGGAAAGGGGGUGUUUGAACUUGUGUCAGCAACAGCCAGGUGAGUGGCAAACAGAAAUGCGGUGAGCCGGCAGUGGCAUCUACUUUUAGACAAACUGCACAGCCAACUAGUUCUGGCUUAUAUUAAAAUGCAGCGCAUUUAACAGGCAGUGCUGUGUGAUGAACCCUAACCCUAACCUUUUUCUGAUACAAUUGUGUACUUACAUAUAUCAUGCGAAAAGAUGUACACAUUAAGUACAUUGUAAU